AUGUUUGAACCUACUAGUGAUGGUGUUGACUUGAAAUCUUGUCGAAUAUGUUUAACAACAAAGAAACCACUGUGUCCACUUUUUAAAUACAAAUUGUCGGGAAAUUAUGCAGAAAUGUUGACAGCAAUAGCUAAUGUCAAGGUUCUAGCAAAUGAUGGCCUUCCUGAAAAGAUAUGCCUCAAAUGUUGCUCAAGUUUGGAAAAAGCAUAUUUGCUUAAAACUGUUGCCGAGAGAUCUGAUAGAAAGAUGAGGAGAAUAAUAGAGAGUUUAAGGCCAAGUAUGACUACUAAGAAAUUAGCAUUUGAUACCCUCACUGAUAUAAAACAAGAAAUUGGUCCCCUCGUUAAGAAUGAACCCCAUUGGGAAGGUAUUGAAAUUGAUGUUCUUGCACCAAACUGUGUUCCAAAAUCAGAAACUAUGGAUGGGAAAGAUAUUGUAAUCGCCAAUACAGUUAUAAGAAAGGUCGAAGGAAAACAGAAUUUUAAAUUUGAAAAUGAACAGAAUGAUAGUGACUUCUUCAGUGGUUUCGGUGGCCAUGACAGCGAAGAUGAUGAUGAUUAUUUACCACCGCUAGAGGAAACAAAAAAUAAAUUCAAGAAACCAAAAUUGUGUGAUAUCAAAGUUUUUAAUACUAAGGGUAAAAAAACUAUAAUAAGAAAAGUUAAGGUGGUAAAACAUGUUAAAAAAACAAAUGUGGAUGGUGCAGAUAAAAGAACCACAACAAUCACUUGUUUUCCAAUUAUGAAAAACGGUGCGACUGGUCCACCAAUAUUGUUAAAAAGACCAAAAGAUGCAACAGUUAUCAAACCAAACCCAAAUUCAGAUAAUAGGUCAUCUAAAAAUGUUCGUGUUUCAAGAGAUUCAACACCAGGAAAACAUCGUGAAAAAAUGGUCUGUCCUGUUUGUGGAAUCCUCACCUUCACUUUAGGAAAUCAUAUGGCGACACAUGAAGAGAAGAAGAAGUUUAACUGUACACAGUGUGACCGAACCUUUACACAUAAAUCAAACUUGCUAAUUCACCUUAAGCAGCAUUCUGGUAUUAAGGAUCAUAUCUGUGAAGUUUGUGGAGCUGGCUUCUAUACUCAGAAAUCUUUGCUAAGACACAAUUUGAUUCACAAAGGAGAAAGACCUUUUCAAUGCGAUUUGUGCUCUAAAAAGUUUAUUGCGCGCUGUGAUCUUACUCGCCAUCUGCGUAUCCACGCUGGUUAUAAACCGUACAAAUGCGCAACUUGCACCAUGUCCUUCAACGCUAAGCACCAACUGCAGAACCAUGAAAGGAUGCACACGGGAGAAAGACCUUACACAUGCGAGGUGUGCAACGUAGCGUUCAGUUACAAGGUAAACUUGAACAACCACGUGUACAAAACGCACGGAAUCAACCUGAAGUUCAAAUCCAUACACACGGUAACUGACGAGGUGCUGCGUCGCGAAAUGGGAAUGUUGAGUGAGACCCGCGACGCAAUAGCCCACAUAAUGCCCCAACUCGCUGAAGUACCCACUCCGGCAGCGCACGAGACGGUGCAUCAUGCCACAGAUUAUAACGUAUAG